AUGGCACCAGAGAAGAAUGGAAUGGGCCCUUCUGGCCCGGGUCUUCUACUUGCGACCCUCGCUGGGGCCUGUUCCUCAGGAGAAGGUUAUGGUUCAAUGUCUACAUCCAUCUAUGACACUGCAUGGCUUGCCAUGAUCGAGAAGCCAGUCGGUUCUGGACAGUGGCUCCCGGAAAGUUUCGAUUAUAUCCUGCAGCAGCAAUCCAGUAACGGAGACUGGCCAUCCUACGCCACAGUGGCGGACGGGAUUCUCAACACAGCCGCAGCUCUACUGGCUCUCCGAAGACACUUGUCGUGGAAUUGUGCCAAUGAAGACUUAGAAAUUCGCUGCAAGAAAGCCCAGAAAGCCCUCGAGGUCUUACUGGAGCAGUAUGAUGUAUCAUCAUGCGAUCAAGUAGGUUUUGAAAUGUUAAUCACGCAGCAUAUCAACCUCCUCGCUGCAGACGGGGUGGCUGUUGCAUCCCCGUGCUUGCCACAACUUAAUGCAGUGUUCCGAGAGAAGCAGAAACGCCUCUCGUCAUCGGGAGAUUCCAUUUAUCAGAGGCCGUCCACCCUGCUGCACUCUCUGGAGUCGCUGAUUGGGCAUAUUGACUUCGACCGGAUCCGCUGCCGGCUCGAGCCCAAUGGGUCCAUGUUGAACUCGCCGUCAUCGACAGCUGCAUAUCUCAUGCAUGCCUCCGAAUGGGACGAUGACGCUGAAAGUUAUUUGAGGACUGUUUUGCGUCAAGGAACUGGACAUGGCAGGGGCGGUUUGCCUUGUGCUUGGCCUACUACUAUGUUUGAGGUUUCGUGGACCGUCACAACACUUGCUCAUGCUGGCAUUCCGCUAGAAGAAGAAUAUUCAGCAGCUCUGCGAGCAGUUUUAGAGCGCGCCUUGUCCGAAGGCCAGGGACGUGUUGGCUUCACUCCAGAUACGUCCGUCCCAGAUGCGGAUGAUACAGCAAAAGCUAUCCUGGCCCUGAGAUACCUAGGAAAGACGGACGUCGACAUUGGGCCACUCCUCGCGACGUUCGAGGGUGACGAACACUUUUUGACGUAUCAGGGAGAAAGGAACUCGAGCUUCAGCACCAACUGCAACGUCCUGAUAUGUCUCCUUAUGCUCGAGGAUCCUCUGCCAUAUACCUCGCAGAUUAUCAAGACGGUGCAAUUCCUCAGUGGCCGCAUUUUUACAGCCCAGAUCAUGGACAAAUGGCAUCGCUCUCAACUUUAUUCCAUGAUGCUUUUAUCUCAGGCGCUUGAGCACCUCUACAGUGUCUACAACACGGAUCUUCUCAGAGAGAUUUCGUCGCAAUGCCCCAUACUCUUCAAUGAACACGUCCCAUUUGCAUCUAUCCAGGUGCUAAUCAAAAUUCUUACCCUAUCGUCGCUCGCACACCUUCCAUGGCUAAGUGACGAGCUCGACCUAUACGGAAUUGAGCCCUGCGUUGACCGGGCAAAAUCUUAUCUGCAGGCAUCCGGUCACAGUGAAUGGGCCAAAGGAAAAUAUAUCUGGAUCGAGAAAGUCACCUAUGCCUCGCCCCUCCUCUCCGAGGUCUACUGCCAGGCCGCGAUGCACGUCUCGCUCCCUCAGCAGCGAGAGAGAGAAACACCCACACAAUACCCGUCACAAGUGCUCCCUAACCCUAAAGUCCUCACCGCGAUGCGGAAGGCAGGCACGCUGAUGGCCCACACGCCUCUCCUGGGCCCCUCUCAGCUGGCACCCAGUCUUCUCCGCGCCGCCGAGCUGCAAGCGACAUACGCGCUGCGCGACCUCGAGAGACACAAGCAUGACGUGUUCCCCGCGCCGCCGCGCAAGAACGGCGCGGAUGGCAACGGACGCAGCAAUGGGGACGCGGACAAGACGGCUAAGGACAAGUACCUCAUAUUUGUACCGCUCACCUGGACGGCAUGCGGCGCGCUGCACGGCGGCAGGGCUGCCAGCCCGAAGGUGCUGUACGACAUGAUGCUUUUCUCCAUGCUGGUGUACCAAGCGGACGAAUACAUGGAAGGGGUGGUGGAACAGGACCUGGGCACACAGCUGGAUCAAGUGAGGGAUUUGGUCAUGCGCGUGGUCCGCGGUGAGCAGGCGCGUCCUAUCCUAGAUCGGCAAAGAGAUGACUCGCAAAGGGAGGAUGGUGUGAAACGCAGAGAGCUCGCCGCCGACACUGAGCCCUCCACUGCGCUUGUGGACGCAGAACUGGUGCUGCGCAAGUUUAUCUCGCAUGUCAUAUGCCACCCAUCCGUGGUGAGGAGCCCGCUGCACCUCCAAACGCGCCUGACGGGAGAGGUGGAGGCAUUCUUGCUCGCCCACCUUGAGCAGGCCGAGGACAACAAGACGCUGCGAGCCGUCCAGCGAGAAGACGGGAAGAUGGGCUGUCCUCGGCCCGACGGGCUUGGGCACGGGUCCAACCACGCGUGGAACGGCGCUGCCAGUGGCACUGCAUCCGGGAAACGGCAAAAUGGGCGGCUCCGUCCGUCGAUGACGGGCAGGACGUUCUACAACUGGGUACGCAGCACGUCGGCCGACCACACGUCUUGCCCGUGCGCCUUCGUCUUCUUCAACUGCCUCGUCGGCUCCACGACACCUCGGGCUUCUCCCUUCGAUCUCUACGGGCACUCUGCCAAAACGGCAUAUGUGGCCGAGGACCUGUGCCGGCACCUAGCCAGCAUGUGCCGCAUGUACAAUGACCACGCGAGUGUUUCGCGGGACCACAGCGAGGGCAAUCUCAACUCUAUUGAUUUCGCUGAUUUCCACCACGAUGGGGAGCGCGGCGGACUCGAUACAGAUUUGGAGGCUAGUAAGACGCAACUCAUGUGGAUUGCGGAGUACGAGCGACAGGGGAUGGAGGCGGCGAUGGCGAGGCUGGAGGGGGACGUUGGCGGUGGCAACAGGCUGGGUCGGGAAAUAUUGGACGCUGUGAGGUUGUUUAUCUCGGUGACGGACCUGUACGGAGAGAUCUACGUGAUUAGAGAUAUCACUAACCGAGUGAAGCAAGGUAGUAUUGGGGCGGAGGAAUAG